AAUGCCUAUAAUAACUCCAUCUUUUGUCUCUAAAUUAACUCCAAUCAAUACUUGCUUAAUCAACAAGCAUUAGUACAAAACCCCACUAUUUCUUGUGAGAGUUACCGUGAAGCUUUGUCCUUUUUUUUUUCUUUUUCUUUGCUUAGCUAAAAUGGAAUCAAACCUUCAUGAACACUCAAAAACCUCGAGCUGUGAAGAAGAAACAGAUCAAUCCAACGAAGUACGCACCGGACGGUCUUAUGAGUGUGUUUUUUGCAAAAGAGGGUUCACUACUGCACAAGCUUUAGGGGGACAUAUGAAUAUCCAUAGAAAAGAUAGAACAAAUAAUAGUAGUAAGUCAAAUAUUAGGUCUUCUCCGGCGAAACAUAUUGAUGGUGGUUAUAGUUAUGCAAGUUUAAGUGGCGACUCUGCAAUUCAAAGCUACACACCAGCUCAGCAUCAAGAGGUACUUAUAAAUUAUCAAGCAUUUUUUCCUGCAACAUCUCAUGAUAAUAAUAGUUGGGGUUUUAGAUCCCAACAUGCACAGGAUACUGAUGAUUUAUAUGUGCAAAGUCCCCAGCUUUUGAAUCAUUUUCAAGAUGAUUGGAUGAGAAAUUUGAGUUUGCAAAUUGGUCCAUCAAAUUUAGAUUUGGAUGAUAAUAAAGAAAAAAAUGAAGAAGAUGAUGAUGAGUUAGAUUUGGAGCUGAGACUUGGUCAUCAUGAUCCUUAAUUGAUCAGAUUCAACUAAUUAUUAUUCUAUUUGGGUAUAUGUUGAGGAACUUAAUUAAUUGCAUCUCUAGCUAUGUAGAUGUAUCUAGUAUAUUACUGUUAUUGUACAGCUGAAAUUUGUUUUUCUUUUUCUUUUUGAUGCUUCAAAAAUGGGGAAAAUGGCAUGGAGAAAGUUUGUGUUGUGGUGCUUUGUUUAAUUUGAUUUAAUAAUAUAUAUAUAUAUAUAUUGGGAAUAUCUUUUCGGGGGGUAAAUCUACUGGGAAGAAGACAUGGAGUAGGUUUUGAAGUGGAAAUUAAAAAGGCAAGAAUUCCCAGUUGCAGAUUUUGAAGGUAGUUUUGAAGAUUUGUACUCCUGUUCAUUAUAUAUAACCCUAGAUUUCUUUUAGGGUUCUAUAAUUUGAGUCUUUAAUAUAUAUAAAUAUAAAUCUUUUUGUAUUUCUCGUCAACUUAAGCCGUGAUUCUGCUAAAUUGUAUUGAUUUUUGCAAAG